GGGAGGGGGCUCGGGCGGGGCUCUCCGGCGGAGCCAGCCCCCUCCAUCGCUCCCUGCUUGGCCUCAGGUGCGGGAGGGUGUCCCCGGUCCCUCGGGAUGAGUGGGAUAUUAACGGGAUAAACCGUGAAGGGCAGAAGCCGCAGSGGCGGAUCCCCAGGGCAGCGCUACCCCCGCCGCCCUCACCCCGAUUGCCACAGACCUUAGCGAAGUUCCUUGGAGAUAGCUCGCAAUCAAAACUAACGAGGUUAGCUCCUGGCAGAAGGAAGGUUUUCAGAAUGACUUCCUUGGCUGAAAUGCCCCCAAAUUAUGAAACGAUGUUUGCUCAUCGAUUCACAUCGGAUGAUGAAGAAUUCCAAGAAUACCUAAAACGCCCUGCAGAUCCCCCUCCUAUAGUUGAAGAAUGGAGAAACAGAUCUGGUGGCAACCAGAGAAACAGAGAUCGGUUCCAGGAUGGCAGAUAUUUCAGAGGGGACAGAUACAACUGGCAAGGUGACUACAGAUCUAACCAGAGGCCAGAARGAGGAUGGGGUAACAACUACCAGCAGCACAGACAAGGACAGUCCUACUCCUCCCACUACGGACAGUAUGGCUACAACUCCUACAACCCGGGGCCUCGUUACCAUCCCUACUGAUAUCCUUGUGGGUUGACAAUCCUGUCGUGCUGUGGAACAAAUUCAGUUAGCUUUUCAUUCCCUUAUUUUUUCCRCAGCUUUAUAGAUAACCGAAGAAUCACAGUCCAUUGCUGUUUUUCUGUAGUGGGAAACAAGCAAGGGAACUCCUUUUAUGAAUAAUAAAAGCAUAUUGCAUGGAGUUUGUUUAGAGUCUGUAGAUUUUAGAUUAAAUUUCUAUAAUCUCAUUCUUUUGUCUGAAUAUGUACAAKUACCCAUAUUUUCUUCCWUCACUGAGAUUUCUUUCUUAMAUUUUAGGAACCAAAACAGGUGAGGGGAGGAUAGCUGUGGUUUGCAGCCUGUAGGAGGGGCACAUUGCCUUAAGAUAGUUCUUUUUGAAAAUAACAUACU